GCCCAUCCGCGUGGGUCGAGCCAUGGCGGCCGCCAGGGAGUCCCCGUGGCGCCGGUUGAGCGGUCUGUCGUUCGGCGUGUACCGGGCGGCGGAGAUCGGGAAGCUGAGUGUGAAAUCAAUAACCAACCCUAAUUUCCUGGAUAACGCUGGCACCGCUUUGCCCAAUGGAUUGUACGACUUGGCUUUGGGACCUCUCCAAAACAAGGAAGUGUGCGCAACUUGCAUGCAGGGCUUCAACGACUGCCCAGGGCACCUGGGCCACACAGAGCUGCCUCUCACGGUCUAUAAUCCUCUCUUUUUCGAUAAACUGUUCCUUCUGAUACGAGGUUCCUGCUUGAGGUGCCGCCAUCUGACCUGUCCACGGUCUGUGAUUCACUUACUGCUGAAUCAGCUGAAGUUGAUAAAAGUCGGGCUGGUUGAAGCCGUCUAUGACCUGGAGGCUGUCCUAAGCAGGUUUUUAGAGGAAAAUGCCAGUGCACCAGAGGUAGACAUAGAAGAAGCGUUAAGCAAGCACACAGAAGAAAUUCUCCAAAAUAACCGUCUAAUGGAACAGGGUUCACAUGUAAAAAAUGUGUGUGAGUGCAGAAGUAAAUUAAUCUCCCAAUUUUGGAAAUUACACACAAGUUCAAAGAGAUGUCCCAGGUGCAAAGCUGAAAGAUCACUUGUCCGAAAAGAGCAUAACAGCAAACUGACUGUGAAUUACCCCUCUAUGGCAAUCCAGAAGUCAGGCAAACCAGUGAUCGUGGAGGAAGCAGCAGCCAUAGAUGAAACUCAACUGGGAAAACGAGGCUACCUGACGCCCAGCACUGCCAAAGAACAUGUUGAAGCUUUGUGGAAAAAUGAAGGUUUUUUCCUCAGCAAAAUUUUCUCUGGUGUGAUGGUCAGUGGAGAUUCAAGUUUCAAUCCUGAGAUAUUCUUCCUGGAUAAACUUGUUGUUCCACCAUCUAGAUAUCGCCCUGUGAGUUGUGUUGGAGACCAGAUGUUUGCAAAUGGUCAAACGGUGAACUUGCAAGCUGUCAUGAAAGAUGCCCAGGUGGCACGGAAACUUCUGGCUAUCAUGGCUCAAGAUCUGAAGCUGUCGAUGCAAACUGAAGAGGGAGACCUCCCGAAGCCGGUGGAGCAGCCAACGGAGCUCCUGGACCGUUCUGUCUUGGUGACUCUCCCCGGGCAGACGAUGGCAGAUAAGCUGAACAACAUCUGGAUUCGUCUUCAGAGCCAUGUCAAUAUUUUGUUUGACAGUGACAUGGACAGGCUCAUGUCAGAAAAAUUCCCUGGAGUGCGGCAGAUUUUGGAAAAAAAGGAAGGCCUGUUCCGCAAACAUAUGAUGGGCAAGCGAGUGGAUUAUGCAGCUCGGUCAGUCAUUUGCCCCGACAUGUACAUUGGGACCAAUGAGAUUGGCAUUCCUAUGGUCUUUGCUACCAAACUGACCUAUCCUCAACCUGUGACCCCAUGGAAUGUCCAUGAACUGAGGAAAGCUGUCAUUAAUGGGCCUGAUGUCCACCCAGGUGCCUCCAUGGUCAUCAACGAGGAUGGUUCUCGCACAGUCUUGAGUGCAGCGAGCCAGACCCAAAGAGAAGCCAUAGCCAAGCAACUGUUAACUCCUUCCACCGGGACACCAAAACCAGGGAUAAAAACUGUGUGCCGUCAUAUUAAAAAUGGAGAUGUCCUUUUGCUGAAUCGCCAGCCCACCCUCCACAGACCUUCCAUCCAAGCUCAUCGAGCCCGGAUUCUGCCCGAUGAGAAGGUGCUGAGGCUUCACUAUGCCAACUGCAAAGCCUACAACGCUGACUUCGACGGGGAUGAAAUGAACGCUCACUUCCCUCAGAAUGAGCUCGGCCGGGCGGAAGCCUACACCCUGGCUUGCACGGAUGAGCAGUAUCUUGUUCCAAAGGAUGGGAAGCCAUUGGCAGGCUUGAUCCAGGAUCACAUGGUCUCCGGCACCAGCAUGACCAUGCGAGGCUGCUUCUUUACCCAAGAACAGUACAUGGAACUGGUGUAUCAAGGGCUGACCGACAAGAAGGGAAGAGUGAAAGUUCUGCCUCCAGCUAUUAUAAAACCGCAGCAUUUGUGGACAGGAAAGCAGGUUGUUUCUACGUUGCUGGCAAACGUAAUUCCAGAGGAUUGGCCUCCGCUGAAUUUGUCAGGGAGAGCUAAAAUUGAUGGAAGAGCCUGGGGGGCAGCAUCUAAACCCGGCAUUUACCGAUCGGGUCUCAAAUUUAUGUGUGAAUCUCAGGUUAUCAUUCGGAACGGGGAGCUGCUGUGUGGGGUCUUGGACAAAGCGCAAUAUGGCAGCUCUGCCUAUGGUCUGGUCCAUUGCUGCUACGAGGUCUACGGUGGGGAGACCAGUGGAAAGGUGCUGACGGCUCUGGCUCGGCUCUUCACAGCUUACCUGCAGUUCUACAGGGGCUUUACAAUGGAUGUUGAGGAUAUUUUGGUCAAACCGCAAGCAGACCAUAGAAGACAGCAGAUCAUGAAAGACUGUGCCUCGUGUGGUAAGAAGACCAUCAAAGCUGCAUUUAACUUGCUGGAGACUUCAACCUGUGAGCAGGCCAAGGGGAAGUGGCAGGACGCUCACCUCGACAAGGACCGGCGGAACUUUAAUGUCGUCGAUCUGAAAUUCAAAGAGGAAGUGAACCGUUACAACAACGAGAUUAACAAGGUGUGCAUGCCUCUUGGUCUUCACCGGAGCUUCCCAGAAAAUAAUUUGCAGUUGAUGGUACAGUCAGGAGCCAAAGGAUCGACUGUGAAUACUAUGCAGAUUUCUUGCUUGCUGGGCCAAAUUGAGUUGGAAGGUCGAAGGCCUCCGUUGAUGCCAUCUGGCAAAUCGUUGCCCUGUUUCCAGUCUUACGACUUUUCCCCCAGAUCAGGGGGGUUCGUGACGGGGAGAUUUCUCACGGGCAUCAAGCCUGCCGAAUUCUUCUUCCAUUGUAUGGCUGGUCGAGAGGGACUGGUGGAUACAGCUGUCAAAACCAGCCGAUCUGGAUACCUUCAAAGAUGCAUCAUAAAGCAUUUGGAAGGGCUGAUAGUUCAUUAUGACCUGACUGUACGGGACAGCGAUGGCAGCAUCGUGCAGUUUCUCUACGGAGAAGAUGGCUUAAACGUUCCCAAAAUACAGUUCCUGCAGCCCAAGCGGUUUCCUUUCAUUGUAGAUAACUACAAGAUAAUAGAGAAAUCUAAACAUUUAGAUGAAGUUCUGGUAAAAACAGACCCUUGGCGUGCGAAGGAACAGUUCAGCGCUAUCAAGAGGUGGCGAGUCAGACACCAGCAGCCGGUCAGAAAAGGAGGUUUUUUGCUGUUUUCUCAGAAAAAGAUGGCAAAUGUAACCGCGCAGAUCCCUAGUGGAGAACUCAUAAAUGGACGAGAGCCUAAAACUCUGCAGCUGUUGCAGAUGUGGUACGGACUGAAGGAGAAAAGACGAAGCAAGUAUCAGAAAAAGGCAACAAAAUGCCCCGAUCCUUGUCUGGGAAUCUGGCAGCCGGACAUCUGUUUUGCAUCCGUGUCAGAAACAUUUGAAAACGAUGUAGAGAAUUUCCUCACAGAGUGGAACUCUCGGAACAAGCUCAGCUGUUGUCCGUCUGAAAUUUCUCCAGAGAGAUUAAAGGACUUGCUGCAUCUAAAGUGGCAACAGUCCCUCUGUGACCCAGGAGAAGCUGUGGGUCUUCUUGCUGCUCAGAGCAUUGGGGAGCCCUCCACACAGAUGACGCUCAACACCUUCCACUUCGCUGGACGCGGCGAAAUGAACGUCACACUCGGUAUCCCAAGGUUGCGGGAGGUCCUGAUGGUCGCCAGCGCUAAUAUUAAAACCCCCAUGAUGAGCAUUCCUGUGCUGGACACCAAGAGCGCUCACAAGAGAGUGAAGAAGCUGAAGAAACGGCUCACCAGGGUGUGCUUAGGCGAGGUGUUACAUAAAGUGGAUAUUCAGGAGUCCGUGUGUUUGGAGAAUAAGCAAAGCAAUCAUCGCAUCUUCACAAUCAGAUUUACUUUUUUGUCGUAUGAAUGUUACUGUGAAGAGUUCUGUGUGAAGCCGGGGGACAUCUUAAACUUUAUGGAGACAAGUUUCUUCAGAAUCUUACUGGAAACCAUUAAGAGGAAGACUUCAAAGCUGGUCUCAUACAACAGUGUCAGUACUCAAAGAGCAAAUCACAGGGACGUAGGUGGUGGUGAUGGGGAAGUCGGAGCAUCCCAUGAAAACCAGGAUGACCUUGAAGAGCAGGAAGAAGGGAGAGUUCUUGAUGGUGAAAUUGAUGAAGGGGAUGCUGAUGCCACAGAUACAAGAAGAAGGGAGAAGCAGGAGGAGGAGGUCGAUUAUGAGAGCGAUGAAGGGGCUGUGGAGGAGGACGAAAUCCCGGAUAAGGAAGAGGCGGCGGCCUCGUGUGACAGUGGCAGGGAUCCAGAAACAACGGAAGCUCAGCCGGACCCUUCUGCUCCUUCCUCGAGCCAGCAGGUUCAGACCAAGAGCAAGACCUUGAGCAAAUCAGCCCAUUACAGAGUUAAUAGCGUGCGGGAGAGCCACCCGGCUAUUCAGAGCUAUGCGUAUGACACGAAAAAUGAGCUGUGGUGUGAGGUUUCUUUGAAGCUUCCACUGUCAAAGGAAUACUUCAACCUGGCCUCCUUGCUGACUUCCCUGGCAAACAAAACAGUCAUCCACGAGACCAAGAGGAUCACGCGAUGUCUCUUAAAUGAAACCACAGACACAGACAAAGGGAAGGUGCUCACUUUACAGACUGAGGGGAUAAACCUCCCUGAACUCUUCCAAUACACUGAGGUAUGUAAUGAAACAACCGUAGGUGCUUCCUGUGGUGUGAAAGAGAAGGAAACCCAGCACUUCCAAGAAGAUUGGCUGCUCUGUGAAGUCUAUCUUGUGACAUUUUCUAAGAAAAUGAGCUAUUCAGCAGGUUGUUCAUGCUAA